UCCCAAUCUGUGGUUUCGCUUAUGACUGGAAAGUAAUAUUAGCUAUAAUGCCAUUUUGCGACGGAGAGUUUACCAAACAGACGGAUGAAACCGGCAAGGUGUUCCUUGUCACGGGAGCCAAUGCUGGAAUCGGCAAGGAGACAGUGCUGGAGAUAGCCAAGCGUGGAGGAACUGUCUUCAUGGCCUGCCGGAAUAUGGAAAAGGCAAAACAGGCCCGGGAGGAAAUAAUUACUGCUACCAACAAUCCAAACGUAUUUGUAAGGCAGUUGGACCUUAGCUCUAUGGACUCAAUACGACAGUUUGCUGAAAAUUUCAAAAAGGAGAGGGAUACCCUCCACGUCCUUAUUAACAAUGCAGGAGUAAUGGGCCUCCCGAGGACUUUGACAAAAGAUGGUUUUGAAAUGCAAAUGGGUGUAAAUCACAUGGGUCAUUUCCUGCUUACCCACUUGCUGCUGGAUGUUUUAAAGAAAUCAGCUCCCAGUAGGAUAGUAAAUGUUUCCAGUGCUUUACACGAGCAGGGAACUAUCAAUGUAGAUGACCUGAACAGCGAAAAAUCAUAUAGUCGAUUCGGAGCCUACAAUCAAAGUAAAUUGGCCAACGUUUUGUUCACCAGGGAGCUGGCUAAGCGCCUGGAAGGAACCGGGGUCACUGUCAAUGCCCUUCAUCCAGGUGCCGUGGACACGGAUCUAGUAGACUCCUGGCCCUCUGCUAUGAAGUUUUUAUUAAAGCCUGCUGUAUGGAUGUUUUUUAAGACGCCAAAGAGUGGAGCUCAAACUUCUCUUUAUGCUGCAUUGGAUCCGGAUCUGGAAAAGGUAACUGGACAGUACUUUAGUGACUGUAAGCCCAAGGAAGUUUCAGCCGCUGCCAAGGACGAAAAGACAGCCAAGUUUUUGUGGGCAGAGAGCCAAAAAUGGACAGGAAUUAAGGAAUGAGUUAACUUAACAUUUUAUAUAAUUUUUUGUUAUCAACAAUAUUUGUUUUUAUUUUCAUUUACAUGUAUAUUGCAUCCCAGAAUAAAGAUUUAACACUACUAUGAUUUGUAA